GCGUCGAAAUAGGGACGUAACUUUCGUGCGCCCUUCAGUGUUAAUAUUGUUACGCGAGAUUAACAUUUUAUCUACGAAAAACUAUUGUUCUCAGUGGGUAUUACAACAAAACGCGUGUGUAUUGUUCUGUGGCGAUUGUGAAUUCUGGUUUGUGUAUGUUCGUUGAUUUGGAAUUUAAUUAAACAAAGUACAUAGCGAUCGGAAUCCUCAUAUAGAAGUGUUACAUUAUGCAUGCAUCUAAUAAAUUACUUUUAUUAUACCGGAUAAAGUCGGGCCAUAAAAACUGUAAGUCGUAACUGUCACAUUACGUUUAGUGUGGCAACUUUUGUUUCGUGCGACAAAGUGCCGCGUCUGUGAUGUUGCCAGCUAAGGCCGUAAAAGGCGGCAUUGCCGAAAAUUCUUGGAGAUAUGAUGAUGCUCCGUAAAACUGAGUUAUUCAGUCUCAACAAAAUGCUACUGACGGCAUAUGCUGCUUUGCUUCUGUGGAGGUUCGACUGUGUGGUCGAGAGCACCAAAGUUGUGAAAAGCAGUAUGCGGCAUCAAACAACGUCGCCGCUUAGUAGAGUGGGUCCCACUGUGUCCCUGCGUGAUGCAGAACCAGAUUUCACUGGACCCAUAGAGAACGUUACGGUCGCCCUCGGAAGGGAAGCUGUACUUACAUGCUCAGUAUCUGAUCUUGGGGAUUAUAAGGUGGCGUGGAUUCGUGCAGAUGAUCAGACAAUCCUCACCUUGCACACACGUCUAGUCACCCACAGUUCACGCUACGCUGUCACCAACGACUCUCCAAACUCUUGGCAACUUCACAUUCGACCUUUAAAGGUGGAAGACAGAGGAUGCUACAUGUGCCAAAUAAAUACUAGUACAAUGAAGAAAAAGAUUGGCUGUGUCGAUGUUUUAGUGCCUCCAAACAUCGUGGAUGCCGGCACGAGUGGCGACGUAAUUGCCCGAGAGGGUGAGGACGUUAGCUUGUCCUGCCGAGCCGAUGGUCGGCCGCUCCCCCGCAUAUUAUGGCGGAGAGAAGACGGCACGAACAUACAACUGAGAAAUGAACACGGGGAGUUACAUAAAGUGGACAUGUUUAUGGGCCCAAAUCUGAACUUGACACGGGUGGAGCGGCGACAGAUGGGCGCAUACCUGUGUAUCGCCUCCAAUGAUGUGCCACCAUCAGUCAGCAAGAGGAUCAUGCUGAGUGUUAAUUUUGCACCAUCGACAUUAGUUGCGACGAAGGUAAUAGGAGUACCAACAAGUUCCACAGCAAAACUGGAGUGUCUUGUCGAGGCGUACCCUCAAGCUAUCAAUUACUGGCUGAAGAGCGGCGAAGAGAUGAUACUCUCCGACGAGAUACAUGAGAUAUCUGAGAUACGAACAUCUGUUUAUCAAAUUCGACUAAUAUUAACCAUAUCAGAUUUUAGAAGCGAUGAUAUUGGAACAUACACAUGUGUCUCUACAAAUACCAUGGGGAAAUCUGAAGGAACUAUUCGACUUUAUGAAAUUAAAAUAACAACAACGACGACGACGACUACGACGACCACGACUACUACAACCACCACCACUACCACUACGACCCCACCACCAACUACCACGGAAUAUACUCCACCACCACGGUUCGUAGUUCCAUUGCAGCCUGCAGAGCAGAAAUUCUAUACACCAGACGUAACAACAUAUGAUACAAUGCAAAACGUCAUAGAGCAGUCUGUCCUCGACAAUCACUGGUUACCAACUGCUGAAUCGACAGCAUCAAGCAAACACCAAAUUUUGCCAUUCUCUACUCUUGUAGCCAUUUCAUUAUUGCCAUAUGUAAUAAAAAAAAUUAUACUCUGUAGUUUUAUCGAUUAUUAUUCACACAUAAUUAUUCAUCGAAAUUCACAUAUUACUGAAUUACUAGCACAGAGUAGAAGAUGAUAAGUUAUAUUUUUAAAUAUGAUAAGUUUUAUAAGUCACCGCAAUUGAUUUUCAUCGAAUGCUAUAAUUAUAGUCCAUUUAUGAGCGUGUAAAUGAAAAAUAUGUAUAAAGGUAAUUUAAAUUCGUCUAUUUGUACUUAUGUGUAGUAAAAUAUGUAUCUAUAUUAAGUUUGAGGAUUGUGAUAGCAUAGCAACAUAAAAAGCGUUAAAAGAAAUAUAGUUUAAGAUGAUAUUUUUAUUUCAUUUGAUAUAAUAACAUCAUGAUAACAUACCUAUUUGUAUAUGGUAAAAUAAAAUAUAAAAUCGUAAAAUAUCAUCGAUAGAUGUAUCACUUAGCAAUAUGUAUAUUUUGGUCUUAGUGUAUUUAUAUUAAUUUUAUACACUUAUUGUGUUAUAAACACAAGAACUGAUUAAGCCCAUAAUUUAUUUUAUAUUUAUGAAGAAAAUAUACCUAUUAAUUUCUACCGUCGAAUCUAUGAAAUCUUAUUUAUAAAGAAGUGCAUAUAAUAGCUUUAUUAAUACUUUUUCUGUAAAAGCGUAAAGCUAUAAUGUAGAGAAAUCUCUGAAGAAAAUGGGAUGACAACGUAAAAUAUAUUGCCUUUAGUCGACAUAUUCAGGUAGCUCAGAUUCUUUAGACAAAUAGAAAACUAAACUAUCGAUAGCUAUAUUUCUGCGGCAUAUAUGAGAUGAAACAAGAUGGUGAAAUCCGGCGUCUCGUUCUUUCUCGCACAGUAACUAAAAUCUACCAAUAGAUUAGUUUGCCACUUGUCUAGAGCGUAGACAGAUAUGCAAGUCUGCAAGAGCCUAAAGUCCAGCUGUAUCUACCUCAGUUUCAAUAUCCACUUAAACUGAAAUAAUAAUAAUGAAUUUACGAAACCAAAGUUACUUUUUCUUUUGUUUAAUAAAUGCAUACAUUAUUUAAAAAAAAAGAGUUGUCAUUUUUGGAAAAGGAUACAAUGAAUUGAAAUAGAAAUGGCAAAAAGCUUUUUAGAAUUCAUUAACGCAAUGGUAACAUUUAUGUAUCAUGGCUUAAAGUCUAUAACCGCGCCACUCGUGUUUUAUUUUCUACGUCAGGUAAUAUUUUACUGGUGAUUUAGUUGAACAUUUACAUUUUUUUUCAUUGUUUUUAAAACAUUUUAUUUCUUUUGUGCAUAACUUUUAAUGAUUUUUAAUAUAAAAUGUACAUAAAUAUUUUAACAUACUUUGAUAUUUUUUUAUAUCUGUAAGCGACUAUAAAGUCUUAAGGUAUGAAGAAGAGCUCUCUAACGACAAAAGAUGUGACAAUAAACUUAUAAUUCUACCUACCAACAAGAAAAAGCAUAUGUCACAAAUUUUCUGAAAUUAUUUAUUAGUUAUCAAAUUAUAUUUAUUUUGAUGUUAACUUACAUGUAUUUAGAUCGAGAAAGCUCGACUAUUAUAUUUAUUUAUCUAUUGAAUUUUAAAAUAAUGUAAAAGGCAGAAUUUAUAUCAUAUGGUGUUAUCUACACCACCGAAGACAAGAAAAGACAGAAAACAUAUAAAUAUUUUCUGUUUUUGAACAUAAGUUCACAACGUUUUUUUUUUCUCUUUAUCUUACGCUUUUUCUUAAGAAAGGAAAAUUAUUAUGAAAUGCAUCACAGGGUUAAAUCAAAAUUAUUCUCUGGAAUUAAUUUUCCUGGAUUUUCUGUCGGUGACAGAGUAUUUUAAAUAAACAAACAUUGAAAACAAAAAAAUAAAAAUUUUCGCCGUUUUUAAUCUUUCAGUAAUCGAGAGCAGUAAAUUUUGCGUUUUCAUAGUCAAAGUUUAUUAAAUUUUAAUGAACUUUGGAUAAAAAUAUUCAGUUUCAUCGUUAUAACACUCCUUUAAAAUAUAUCUGUAAUUUCGAUUUAACUAUGUAGAUGUUUGUAAAAAAAACUACUUUUGUCUUUUAAGACUCGGCGCAUCUUUACAAUUUAAUCAUAACAUGUUAAAUACUUCAGCUUCAGCUUCUUAUUUGAAACUCGAAAUAAUAUAUUGUUCAAUUAAAACAUACCAAAGCAUAUCAAAAAUGUAUAGAAUGAGCAUCCAUUGUAAAUAUUAAAUAAUGUAUUAUUUUACCUAAUAAGAUUGCUAAUACUCGUAACAGAAAAUCGAAGAUUGAUUAAGAAUAUUUAGAUAAUAAGGUCUCUCUUACUCUACUUAACUAUGUUAUACCUACCUUUAUUUUAAUAUUGCUUAAUUAUCAUAAGAAAUUUAAAGUAAUGAAGCACUAUGUCGGCCUAUUUUUUUUAGUAUGUUGAUUAGUUAUAUUGUUAACUUAUAUAUGUAUGUAUUGAAAACACAUGUGAAGUAAACUAUUAACUUUCAUAUCGUAUAAAAUGUUAUUAUUUAAUAUUUUAUUAUUACAUUAAAAGAUAAUGCAGAUAUGUUGAUAGCAAAGCAAGUUUUUUUUCCAUUUCAUUUUAAUUAUAAGUGACUCUACAGUUACUAACUGUUAGUAACAGUUACUGGUUCUGAUAUUCAAUGAUUUUUAUUUAUUAGUAUUUAUAAAUAUGAGAAUUUGUAAAGAUACUUGGAUAUCUAUUACUCAAUACACCUAAAUAUAGUUCAGAGAAAAUUGGUACAUAGACAAAUCGUAUUUUGGAUUUAAACAUUGGAUAAGUUAUAUCCAAAUUCAUGUGUAAAAAUCCGUUCUUUAUUUGUACAGAUAAUUAAUUUAUAAUCAAUUUAUCUACUGUUUUAUAUUGUUUUAAAACAUCCAAUUAAGAUUUUUUUUAGUUUCUCUAAGAUCUAGUGUUGCCAUAUUUAAACAGGCGUAAAAUAUUGUUAAAUAUUUUAUAUUAUUAGUGCUUUGUUUUGAACGGAUUUGAAUACUUCCGCAAUAUGAAGCCGCUGAAUUGUGUUGUUGUAAGCGUUAUUUAGUUUUAGGGAAUGUUAUGUAAAUAUUGCUGGUAAUUUUAUUACAAUGUAAUUUAAGUAGGUAAUCUACUUAUUGCUACGUAUAUAAUAAUAAUUGUACAUAAUAAAAAUAUCAAUAAACGAACCAUUUAUAAAUA